CUCCUCCGCGCACCACUGCGGCCUAGCGGUGCAGCUGAGAGGAGCCGACAUGAAGGCGACUCUGGGGAGCAGGGACCACUGGACCGAAGGGAAGGUGUUUAUUCAGCUUUGGUCUGGACAUUGAAAAGACAAUAUAAAGUCCAUAGCAUGGCCCCCACACUCACCUGCUCAUGAAUGAUGCGGCUAUGAUUCCUGUCUGCUCCCACAAAGAGCUCCUGAGUCAGAUAGGAGAGGCUGAUUUUCAGGGACAGUACUUGGCCUAACGGAGGUGCUGUUGCUUUGCAGCAUACAUUGAUGCAUUUAGAAGAAAUAAAUAUCCAGCUGACGAAACUCCUGACUUCUGUGGAUGCCAUAACUGUAUGAAUUCUAAGAAGGAAAAGAAGUUUGAGAAUGAGAGAAGUCAGGCUCAGCCUGGAGAGGCUAGCAUGACCUAUACAGAAGAACAGUUACUUGGGGUGCAGAGGAUAAAGAAAUGCAGAAGUUACUAUGAAAUUCUGGGAGUUGACAGAGAUGCCAGUGAUGAGGAUCUCAAGAAAGCUUACAGAAAACUGGCCCUGAAAUUUCACCCUGAUAAGAACUGUGCACCUGGGGCCACAGAAGCUUUUAAAGCAAUAGGGAAUGCCUUUGCUGUUCUCAGCAAUCCUGAUAAAAGAUUACGCUAUGAUGAAUAUGGAGAUGAACAGGCAACUUUUGCUGCGCCCCAGGCCAGACCCUAUACUUAUUACCCAGAUUUUGAAGCUGACAUUACUCCAGAGGAGGUCUUCAAUGUGUUCUUUGGAGGACAUUUUCCUACAGGAAAUAUUCACAUGUUUUCAAAUGUGACGACUGAUGACACGCACCUUUAUCGUCGGCGACACCGAAAUGAGAGAGUACAGACCCAGAAGGAGGAAGAAGAGGAAAAGCCUCAGAAUAUGUAUUCUGCAUUUCUUCAGUUGCUUCCAGUUCUCGUGAUUGUGGUGAUAUCUGUUAUUACUCAGCUGAUGGCCACAAACCCUCCAUACAGUUUAUUCUAUAAAUCGUCCAUGGGGCACACCAUUUCCAGAGAAACAGAAAAUCUGCAGGUGCCUUAUUUCGUUGAUAAACACUUUGAAAAAAACUAUAAAGGGCCAUCACUGCGUGAUUUGGAGAAGACUGUAGAAAAGGAUUAUAUAGAUUAUAUUCAGUCAAGUUGUUGGAAGGAAAAACAACAAAAGUCAGACUUGACAAACUUGGCCAGACUAUACCGAGAUGAACGCUUGAAACAAAAGGCAGAGUCACUGAAACUUGAAAACUGUGAAAAACUGUCUAAUCUUAUUGGCCUCCAUAAAGGUGGUUGACGGAAUCAUAGGUGGAUUACACAAGGGCAUGAGUUUUUCUUAGUUGUUCCUAUUUAUGUUACUAAUUCCAUUUUAUAAAAGAAAAUUAGAAAGUCAACUCCAUUUUUAUGGCUUGCUGAAACUCAAGUGGACAGAGCUGAAAACAAUUGAGCCAUGGAGAUAGUUUCCAGUCUUCUCAUAAUCCUUGGUAUAGUCUGACUCCAAAGGCCAGUGACAGUUCAACUAAAUUGAUUUCUUGGGCAUAAAUAUUUGAUCUGACACUAGUCCCACACCAUUCCUGACUACCCUCUAGGGACUUUGUUCCAGAAGUAGAACCAAAACAUAUUCUCUUAUCGGUGGAUAAGUGUAUCAUCUAGAAAUAAAUAGCCACCAUUUAGUUCCAUGCCACACACAAGCUUUAUAGCUUUAGUUAUUUAUAGCCCAUACAGCAAAUAGUACCUUUCUGUCAGUUAGAGAUAUCAUUUCACUCCCAUAUCACUAGGCAGAAUAUGUUAAAGUCAAUUCUUCAUUAUUCCAUGGCCAUGAGAAAGACAUGCUUAAAGGAAAUAAAAUGAGAUAAUGUAUGUAACGCACUUUGUAAAUUGUAAAACACUAAUGUCUUAUUAUUAUUGUUGUUAAUAAUAACACAGAUUCAUUGUAGCUAGUAGUUGUCACACCCUCAUUCUCUUGUAUGUUGCUGACAUUAGCAACACCACCUGAUUUGAGUUUCACCUGAUUUGAAUUUGAUUCUACUCUUCUUUGGUUUAGGUUUCAGGGUACUGUGACAUUGCCAAAAACUCAGCAAUAGGCCAGAGCCCAAAGAUGGAAAUACUUUAGGUCCUGGACAGUUACCGUUCACAGAUUGGCUCCUAAUUAAUUAAGAGUUGACUUAUGUUGCUCCUAAAGAAUAGGACAUCUCUGGACCUCAGGUACUUCAUCUCUAAAAUGAAGGGGUUGGAUUAAAUGAUCUCAGAGGUCUUUUCUGACUAGCAGUCUAUGAUCCUAUGUGCUCCUGCAUAUUUCAGUACAGACAAGUAUAUGGUGAAAGUUCCCUCUUCUUAGAUUUUUCACUUUAUAUGAUAUAGCAUUCAAGUUGAAUUUCUCAACCUUGUUUAGGGGUAUGAGAGUUAAGAUUGAAAUGGAGAGAUUGCCAGUUAGCAGAGCUGUACUUGAGAACAGAGAGGUAGAAAGAAAAUGGAGUGUAAGCUGAGGUGAUGCAGACUGGAUUGAAAGAGUGGAAGAGUCUUCCCUUAAAAUCUUCAUCUCCCUGUGUUUUGUAUGCCAUUUGUAAUGGCUCUACCUUCAGCAUCAUUUCUCAGCUUGCCUUCAAUCGACAGGGCCUCUCUCCACAAGAAUCUUGUAAACCAAAGAAGAGAUUGCACACAAUCAGCUCUCUUCCAGAAAGCACUGCUCUGAUAGGUGAAAGGGCACUUCAUUGCACAUAGUCAUUGGGUUCCUUAUCUUCCUGUUAGGAUGUUCAGUAAGACAGCUAGAUUCUUUCUUUCUUAGGACUAGAACUGAGAUUCCCAUUUGAUGAUCACCUGGUUUUAGAAAUGGAAAGAAAGAGAUGCCCACGGCUGGAUCUUCCAUAGUAAAAGUUCCCUUUUUCUAUGUUCUAGGAAUCUAGGUGUGUGGGUCCUGAAUUCAGCAAAGGAUAGGUCUGGGUCAUAGGGCUUUGGUCUCUGAGGAACUGGAAAAUGCCCACAAGAAGGGUGGGAAGAAACUGUUUCACAUACUGCUGAGAUGAACUCUGAAGAGUCAAGCAGUUUACUUUGGAGGGCAUAACCUCAGGAUCCCAUUUGGUGUUCUGGGAUGUUCUUUGAAAGACCUUGACAAUUCUUUCAGAAAGAUCUGCACUAUAAAAUUUGUCUGCAUUCAAGGAGGCCUGGGGAAAGCUGAGCUUCCUCUCUAUCUUGAAAGUAGAGCUCUCUUUUUUUCUGAUUUCUCCUAGAAAUUAAAUUAACAUGAAAGGCCCUGCUCUGAAUGCUUAUGAAUAACAUAAACAUUUAUUUGAUGGAGUCAGAGAUAAGAUAUUUGUGAAGCUGUUGAGUAAAAGCAAUGUUAAUGGCCAUUAUGUACUAGAGGACAUAUAUAUUCCCAUAGCACUGAUGAGAGUGUUAUAUUUCUUAAUAGAGCAACACAAUUGCAUUUGAUUUUUCUCAAGGGAAUAGUUAGGUUUUGUUUUGAUCCAUUGCUGGUAAUCUCCAGUAUAUUGUUACAUGAAAAUGUUCCUGUUUGUAUUUUAGUUAAACUAUUUGCAUGAUAGUGUCUACUAUGACCUUUGGAGUAGUCCCUAAAAGUAUUAAUAUUGCAGGUGAGGACCAUGCUGCUUCCUGCUGUAAAGGCAGGACAGACAGUUCUGUGCACUGUUUCUAUGUAAAUUAUUUUGGGUUUGGUACAUGUGUGGGCAAGUUGAAAUGGUACUUGGCUAAGGUAGAGACCAUUGUGCUAAAUUUUUUUAUGAAUGGAAUUUAUGUGCCUCUUUCUCUUUAUGUACCAUGCGGAGUAAUGGGGGGAGGAAAGGAAAACCUUUGUUGCCUCCAGAGAAAUUCACAUCUUGGGAAGAGAAAAGUCACCUCAAGAUCAGUCACCUGUUUGCUGAAAAGCUCCAGCCUGCCCAUUAAGCCAAACCUAAAUGCUACUGACUUUCCUCAUGAUCACCUACCUGAACAUUACUACCUGGUGAAAGGGACCAGUCAAAGAAUGUCACUGAAUAAGGCUUUUGUUUCUUGAACUGCUAAGAACUGUAUUGAAUCCUAAGUCACACAGGUUUGUGGUAAGUACUCAGUAGCCUAGAUAAAUUCUGUAUUUUAAUGGUCAUGAAACAAAAGAAAUACUCACUUCCUUAGUGACUAUUUUGGGAAUGUACACUAAACACAGAAAAACACUCUUAACAUUCAACUGUGGCUGAACAUCAAAGUUCUUUGUUUAUGCAUGCUGUAAUACUGUACAGGAAAUAUAGUUUAUUUUGAAUUACUUUAGACUCACUGUUCAUUUAACAUGCCAGCUUAGCAUCCAAGCAUUUAUUUUCUGGGAGUAGUAUCACUGUUGGUUUAAGAUUUUUAAGCCUGCAUUGUAUUUCUUCUAGCAGAGAAAUGUUGACUACUAGGAACUGUCUGCCUGCUCUUUAAAAAUUGAUUGUGCCAUUUGUAAAAUGUUUGGAAUUAAAGUUAUGAAUGCUCUCAACAUCAUUACCUGGUUGAAGUUGAAGUUCACGAGGGCCAAGUCAGCUCACAGCUGACUUUAAAAAAGUUUUAACCUCUCUUGAAAAGUUUUUUUUACUGUUGCCUUUAUGUUUUCACACCAUAAUCAAUUUCCCUUUUACUGAACCCUCCCUCAUAAUUCCAAAAAAAUAUAUAAGGAAAAGUAACUGACACAGAGAUCACAUAUGCCUGUGAAUACCACAUUCCUAUAUUGAGAAGAUGAUCACUGUGAUCUUUUGGAUGUCUAAAAUUGGUCAUUAUAACUAGUCAGAGUUUCCCUCUUUAAUGUUGUUGCCUUCACGUUUUUUCCAUUGCUUCACAUAUACAGUCAUCCUUCCACAUUUGCGGGGGUUAAGGGUAUAGGACCCCCAUAAAUGUGGAAAACCGUGAAUAACUCUAGGCCCCACCCCAAACCUUUAUUUUUAAUAAUUCUGAUCAUAUUUACUUAACACAAAAAAAACAAAUAAAACAGUACACUGCACCCAUAAAAAAGUUGUAGUUUCUACUGGACAGAGAUUAGUGACUUGUAUGCUGUGCAGAGUCUUCACAGCCACAGUGUUGUGGCAUUUUCUUCAUAAUUUCCUUCCCCGAAGAGCCCAAGAUACAAGGAGAAAAUUACAUGACUGAGUCUGGAUGGUAGAGAGACAAAGAGGAGGAAUUCCCAAAGGGAAUGCAUAGCCCAUAGUUCUUUAUUGCACUGAAACUUUUAAGAAAAUCCAACUGUUUAUAUAAAUAUAUGUAUGUAUGCUUAUGGUAGUAAAUGAUAAAAAUAGAUUAAUAAUAUACAAUAUUUAUGCAUUUAUGAUUUACUAAUUUUUUUAGUUUUCUGUAUUAUUGCGCGUUGCCUUUGAUUUUCUGCAGUAGGUGCAAAUCUCCAAAAAUUCCCAUUUGAUUAUCUGUAGCCAACCAAAUAAUCAAAACCUCGAAUGUGGAACCCAUGAAAGUCAAGGGAUGAUAUAUAUGUAUACACAUAUGUAUGUGUACAUAUAUAAUUAUAUAUACACAUGUGGUAUAUAUUGCUGUAGGAUAGAAGUUUUGAAAAACCUAGUCACUUUCAUCUUGAUUGGUUGCAUCUGGAUCAAGCUCAGUUCUUAGAGGUGGAGUACAUUUUGAUAAAGAAAAAUAAAAAAGACAUUCAUAUAAAUAA